AUGUCAGCGCGUAACGCUAUGGCGGCGAUGCUGGACGAGCUAAUGGGACCGAAGCGGAACGUCGAACUGGGGAAGGAUACCACUGUUACAUUUGAUGAUCCGGAUAUUUGCAAAUAUUACAUAGUAGGAUUUUGUCCGCACGACAUGUUCGUCAAUACGAAAGCUGACCUAGGUGCAUGUCCUCGAGUGCAUGACGACAAUUUGCGACUGGAAUACCCGAAAAGUGACAAGUUCGAAAAACUUGGUUUCGAAAGAGAGUUUCUUAAGUUCUUGUCGCGCUUGGAUGAAGACAAUCAAAGAAGAAUCAGGAAGAAUCUUGAAAAACUCAAAGCAAGUGAAGAGAAUGGCCAGAAAAAAGAGGACUUGAGAAAGUUACGCGACGAACAGGAGAUGGCGAGACUUGACAUAGAAAUAAAAAAGUGUAUGGCAGAUGCAGAAAAGGCUGGGGAGGAAGGAUUGGUUGCUAAGUGUCAAGAACUUGUUGAUAAAGCCGAACAACUUGAAAAGCAAAGGACGGCGAUUGUAGAGAGAUUGAACAGCAAUGCUCCACUUCCUGCUCCAAUUGAUGAAACAGCAAUAAAAAUCAUGGAGGUGUGCGAGGUUUGCGGAUCGAUGUUGAUCAAGAACGACGCGCAGUGUAGAGUAGAAGAACAUCUGAGCGGCAAAAUGCACAUGGGAUUCUCAAAAAUUAAGGUUACUAUUGAAGAGCUCCGGGAGCGCAUCCGAAAACGAGAUGAAGAAAACGAAAAGGAAAGACAGAAAGCACGCGAAGAACGGGAAAAGCGUGAACGCGAAAAGAGGCGGUCACGUGAUCGAGAUCGCUCUCGCGACAGAGACAGACGCAGUUCAAGAAGAUCACGCUCACGGGAUCGCGACCGUCACCGCAGUCGCUCUCGUGAUCGCCAUCGUCGUGAGGAGCGUGAUCGCCGAGACAGAGACAGAGACGAUCGCGAUCGACGACAUCGUCGCUAA